UCUUUAACAUCAAUCCACACACAACACAACCGAAACAAUCUGCACGCAACUGAAUUCUAGUUCUCAACACAACCAACACCCCUUUUUAAAGUAGCAUCUCUUUGUGUUCUUCUAAGUUCUAGCUUCCAAUUUCCAAUGGUGCUAUUGGUAGAGAAACUUUCAAAACUCUACUUCAAGCUAGAGAAUCGCCACCAUCACCAUCACCAUCACCCCCAAACUGAUGAGUUAUUGUCAUCUUCACUUCAUGCUUUUCAAUCCCAUGUUUCAAGAUUCAUAGGCCAAUUAGCAUUGGAUUUGAAACCCGGGACAGACCAAACCCUGUCCUUGACAUGGUUUCAGAGGUGUUUUCGCCUCUUCCCAAUUAUCAACAAGGCUUUUGCAAAGCUUGUUGUGGAUAUUGAUUAUCCUAUGAGUAGAUGGGAGAAUGAUUCCAUUGAAGGGUAUCUCAGCUACACCUUGAGUUUGCUUCAGCUUUUGAAUUCCAUUUCUUCUUCAAUUUCUCAUCUUGGUCAAUCUAAACUUUCUCUGGCUCAUGGUUUGAGCCUGUUGGAGAAGUCACCUUCUUUGGCUAGAAAGCAUCUUAGUGCGUAUUUGAAUUCAUGUUCAGGUCUUCCAGAAUCAAUUCUGCUAUCACAAAAGCAACUAGGAGGAGUAGCUUUUCCCAGAAUCAAUUCUCCAACCAACGUAAGAGUUUAUCGUGUAUCCAAACAUCCAGUUAAAGCAGGAGAUGAUGAUAAAGCAAGGAUUCUUUCUGGCAAGGAAAGGAUUGUUCAUGAGGGUAUUAAGGAAAUGAAGAGUGUUGGAUUCUGGGUAUGUGGGGUUGUCUUGUCUUGUUUAUAUGGUGAUGCUAGGCCUUACAUGGAGCUGAGGAAAAUUGCUGGUGGGUUUGAAAGUUCUUCAGUUGCCACCCUUGAUUUCAAGAUCAGUGAACAGUUGAUGGAGAAAAUGCCUAUGUUCGGCGAGAUCCAAGAACUGAACAGUUUUGUUGCUGAAGUUGCUGCUUCUGAUGAAGUAAAAAGACAUGAAGAAACCACUGAAUUGCAGACAAAGCUGCAUGAAUUUGAGAAGCUUCUUGAUGGCAUGAGCAAGGAGGUGGAUAAUCUGUUUGCUGAUGUAAUGACUCAGAGAUCUGAAUUGAUUAACGUCUUUAGAUUCUAGAUAUAGCCCCCAAAAAUCCAUUGUUUGAUUGUUUAUGUAAAGUUUUUUUAGUUUGUAAUUGCUUUAGUAAUGUUGUACAAUUGUAUAAUUCUCAAGUAAUGUGAAUAGUAUUUAUUUGAUAAA